AUGCGUGUGCCUCAGGAACAAACACGAUCCGAGAACAAUGUCAUGCCCUUGAUGGUUCGGUUCCCACGCGUGCACGGUUUCAUUGACGUCUCACCCGCUCAACUUCAGAACGCACAUCGUGAACAUCUGGACACGAGACACGGACGCAUGCCACUGACGGAUGGUGGGCAGUAUUGCAAAUUCCUGUGUAACCAACUGGUUAUGGGCGAUGGAUCGGAUCGUCUGCGAGGAUUCGCAAAGGCGGGGAGAGAGGACAGCAGCAGCAUUUUCGAAUACGCUGACAGACACAUCGCACCACCGUUUAUCCCUGCCCACUCGCGCGCCACACUCACGACCCACAACGUCUCAAACUGUCCAUCAAAUUUCGGAAGGCUCCAUGAGGGACCAUGUACUACUGUUCAGUCAGGCAUGAUCAACACGCCAGGCCGCCAUUUCCAUGUUCAUUCUCGCUCGGAUACUCGACACCCGUCCAACCUGAGGAUACUAUUUGGGCCUCAGACUGCAAAGCGGAGGUGUCAAGCAUUCUUGGCAACCGAUCUGGGUGCAAAUAUUCGCACUUGGCAGGACAAUAUGCUUAUCCCUCAUGAGCCGGAUUGGCCGCCGCGAGGGGCUGGUAGGUCUCUGAUGAGUGUCUUGCUGAUUAUGAACUGGAAAGAAAUGGACGAAAAUGGCACAAGAUACUCUCAACUGGUAUAUACACCAGUCAAGGCUACGAAUAUCCAAAUGCAUAUAUCAGCCACAUUUACUACUCUGAUAUGCGAUCCGCAACGUCUCAAACACACAACCUGGUCAAUGAUGUGCACCCAAUGUCCUCGGGCGCGACCAUCAGCUCAGCAUGAGUCACGGAUAGAACCAAUCCGCUGUCCUCAGGCUCUGCAAGUUGCCUCAGAUCUCGAGUCUAAUCCGGUCAUACGCCUUCCAGUCCCUACCAGACCUACACCCACAUACCGUAUCAGGAUGUCUUUUACCAUUCUCGCAACCCUUGCGGUCGCCGCCGGUCUCGCCGGCGCAAAGCCCAUCAAUGCCCCCAGGACCGCUCCUGGCUUCAGCAAGCGUGAGCCUCAGUUUGGCGACCUGGACUUUAACUCGGUCAUCAACGGCAACCGUGGCGACGGCUUCAACUUCAUUGACGGCUUCAACAACUUCAACCAGCAACAACAAGUCAUCCAGAUCCAGCAGAACAAUCUCCAGAUCUUCGACAACGGCCGCCAACAGGCAGUCGUCCAGCAGGUCCAAGAAGUCCUCGUGGUCGACCAAGUCAACAACGGCUUCAACAACGACCUGAACAACCUGUUCCGCAAGUCCAACUUCCAGAACCGAUUCCAAGACGUCAGCACCGUCAUGCUCGUCGUCCAGGAGAUCCAAGUCGCCAUCGACGACGGCCGCGGCAAUGUCUUCCAACAAGAUAUCUUCGCCCAAUCCGCCGUCGUCGCUAACCGUGGCGCACGCGAAACCCAAACCGUCAUGGUCUUUGACGAGCGCAAGCUCGUUGCCCAGGAUAUCCUCGGCGGCGAUGCCUUCCGCAACAUUGGCCGCGAAGGCGGCAUUGCCGGCGCGACUGCUGGUCUCCAGCUCAACGCCGCGCUGCCCACCAAGACCGCUGGCAUCCAGCUCUUUGGCGAAAGGCCGACUUGGACGGAAGUUGCUCAGGAUCCCGCUGCGACUCUGGGCUCCAUCUGGCAAGGCGCUCUUGAGGACUUGCAGAGGGCCGACAACGAUGCGCAGGAUAUGGCACUUAAUGAGCAGAUUGCCGCGCUGGAGAUGCAAAGAAUGGAUGAGCAGAGGGGCGAGGGUAAGCAGGAGGGUGGUGAGCAGCAACAGCAGGAGGAGCAGAAGCAGGCUGAGGAACAGCAAAAGCAGGAAGAGGAACAGCAGAAGCAGGAAGAGCAACAACAGAAGCAGGAAGAGCAACAACAGAAGCAGGAAGAGCAACAACAGGAGCAGGAGAUGCAGCAACACGAGCAGCAGCAACAGCAGGAAGAACAGAAGCAGGCCGAGGAGCAACAAAAGCAAGCCGAGGAGCAGCAGAAGCAGCAAGAUCAACAAGGCAACGAAGAGCAAAUGGCCCAAGAAGGUCAAAUGAUGGCCGAGUAA